CUGGAGGCUACUGUGAGCGGGGGCGAAGAGCCAACUGUGGCAUCCAGGCAGAAGCGUUCUCCACUCCGCCUCCUCUGGCUCCUGCACACGCAGGGGAAGAUCCAUCCGAAGCUCAGGAUAAAACAGGAUGUUUCGCCUCGGUUCUGAGGCGUUUGCUGCAGCCGUGACAGCCUCGGAGCCCGGCUAGCGCCCCCACCAACAACCGCAGCAGCGCGCUGCGGGCGCACACAGCGAACGCAUUGCUGCACUUUACAUCUUCUUUAUGGCGUUGCUCGUUUGGACGCCAGCGUCCCACAGUGGCAGUGGACUGCCAGCGAGGAUGGUGUUGUCCUGAGAGCUCAGACAUGCCAUCUGUCUGUGCUGGAAACGUCGCUGUCUGGGCUGCAAUUCGCUGCGCUCCUUGAGGGAAUCAAAGUUGGUGCAAUGGAGACUUCCGGGAGUGAUGCUGCUGUCACAUACUUGGAGAAACCUGAUGAGGGAUAUGGAUAUUAUGAUCUGGAGCAUCUCCCUCCACUGUUGGAAGAUGAGGAAAACGUCUCCCUGGCCGACAUUCUUUCGUUGCGGGACAGCUGCCUCAGUGAGGAGGAGGUUUGGGCCGUGUGUGCAGAGUGUGUUUUGGCCCUGCAGAGCAUCAGACCCUCCCACCUCUUCUACACACUAUGUAUAACACCAGACACUCUGGCCUUCAAUGCUCAUGGGAAUGUUUGCUUCAUGGAGCAGCUUAGCGAUGAUCCAGAUUGCUCCUUUGUCCCUCCGGAAUUUGACAACACGGGCAGCACAUUCGAAGGCCACAUUUUCUCUCUGGGCUCCACACUUUCCGCUGCACUGAAAUUUGUCAUUGAGCCAGAGCUUGAGGCUGAGCUGGGAGAAGAACUUCAGAGUCUGCUGCAGCAGAUGCAGGAGGAGAAGCCUGAUGACAGACCUGAGCUGGAGGAUAUUCUGUUGCUGGCUGAAGAGCAGCUCACUCAAACAUCUUCUGCUACCGUAUGCCGGAAGUUAUCUUCGAUUGGACGAAGAGUGCUUUCCAUUGAAUCAGUUUCAAAUAUUCAAGAUGAACAGGAGGAAUCUUUGGAGGAAAGAUGGGAGCAUUCCAAAGCCAGAUGUCUUUUGAAAAGACUAAACUCAGAGGAUAAGACCAAAGACCUUUCUGGCACCUUCGGGACAAACAGUGUGUCCAGACAGCAGGUGUGUGGGGCCUGGGAUUCCUCUCUAUGGGCCGAGGAUAUGGAAAGCGGUGAGGCAGAUGGCAUGAAUCUGACAGAUGAGAUGGAUUGUCGGUCUUACAACAGCUCCCCAGUGAAGAGGAGAUCCCAGCAGAAGUUCAGAGGAGCAAAGGGAGCCCUUAAUCGCUCCUGCUCGGUGCCGGACUCCAACAAUCCCCCGUGUGUCUCCACUCCACCUCACGGAGAUAUCAGUAUUCCUGUUUCUGACCUCACAGAAAUAGGAGCUGAUGAACAUCUAGACUCAAAGUCUAUGUGGAGUACCAGACUGGAGAGACUAAACCGGGGGAAGUCCUGUGAGUCCUACCCUCACUGUAGAGCUCAGGAUCAGGAAAAGGCAUCACAAGGAACAGAUCAUGUAGACUCUUGCAUCGAAGAAAUAAAUAUUCAAGACUGUGUCCAACCCAUGUCAAGGGGAUGUAUCCAGGACUUGGUCACCUCCUGUGCCUCCUGUCGAGAACUGGAGAUGGCACAAAACUCUUUAGAGAAUGAGAGCACGACAAAACCCAACAUUUCCCUUUCUUAUAACUACAUGACCAAAAGUAUGCUGUGCCUGAACGAAGAAUCUCAGGAUGAGUGGAUCUCUCUCAGGGAGCUGCUGACUCAUUGUGGACGGAGGCUUACGGUUAAUGAGCUGUGGGCUUUGUGUUACACCUGCUUGUCUUCACUGCAAACUUACUCUGACUUUCCAGCUUAUUUAUGCCUGGACACAGUGUAUGUGAACUGCAAGGGAGAAGUGAUUUUUCUCAAACCUAAAACCAUCGAAUCACACGAUGGUUUUUUUCUUGCACCUGAGUAUCAGGAACACGGUAUUGUAACUGAGAAGGUCUGUGUGUAUGGGGUUGCUGCUAUCCUUUGGGCGUCAGCCAAGUUCAGCUUGUCACCAAAUCAGAAGCUGGCGAUGCCUCGUAAAAUGAAGAGACUUCUCCUGGAGAUGGCUAAGAGGACUCCCAUGGAGAGGCCAACCAUCGUCAUGGCAAAAAAGAGCUGCAUCUGUAAUCUUUCUCGUCAGGGGAUUAGCGCUGAGACUGUCUGGGGAAACCUCAUCAGCAGAGUUCACCCGCCAGCUUCAGAAGGGCACAAUACUGAAGAACUGAGUGAAAGUAAAAAUCAGAGCUCUACUGAUGAACCCCGACCCAACAGUGGCUUUGUGCCCAUGGCCACUGAGAGCCGACUGGCUCCUGUGCCUGGCCCUGUUCCCCACAGCUAUCCUGUCAGCAUGGAACUCCAGCUCCCAGAAGCCUUCACUUCCACCGCCACACACUUCACCCCAAUCAUCCUGACCAGUGAAGGGGAAACAGAGGAGGAGGAGAACCAACAUCUGGGAACUGUCACUGUAAGGACAGCAGACAGACUGACAAAGAACAGUGUUCAUGCUGCAGAAAGCUGCCUAGAUGCCCCUCUUUCUAAAGCCAAUCUACUUUCAGAAGAGCUGACUGAGUUUCACACAGUCAUGAGCACUUCUUCCAAAACGUCCAGCACAUUACCCGAGGACACUCCUUCAGCUCUCUCUGAUGUUUCCCUCCUUGAAGUCUCCCUUCCCAGUCUCUCUUCCCCCUUAUCCACUAAUCUCAACAGCUGUGGGAUUUUCAACAAUUACCUCUUUUGGCAGAACCCCUUGACAGGACAUCUGUCCUUGGUGCCCGUCAAAGUCAGUGCUCCUGACUCUCUACUCGGGUUGGACAUAAACCCGUCUUUGGUCCCUCAGUCUUUGCUAGGCCUGAUAACAGGUCAGGAGACCAACGGGGGCCUGUUUUUUGACUCUGUGAGUGUUGCUUUGAGGCCUGGGACUCAGAAUCUAUUUUAUUUAAAUGGUAGCCCGACAAUGUCAGACAGCUCUGAGGAUCGUGCUUCACAUCAAACGUACUGUGGAAAAACAGAAACCAAAACAGAAGGUGAGAAGAGCUCUGUCUCCAGAGGUCAGCCUGCCCGGCAGGACGUGAUCGACCUGCUCAAAGGACACUUUUCAAUUAAGGAGCAUUUAGACAAUGGCCGUCAAGACAUCAUGAUGGGGGAAUACCUUUUCUGUUUGAAGGGACUUCGGUACCAGCAGUUUGCCAGAAUAGUGAAGGAGAGAUUCUGUGACCUGCACUGGGACGAUGACUUACUGGGUGUGUUGCAUUGCCUGGUGAACUACAGCUGUUCAACACUAGAUCAUAAUGAGCAGUCUCCAUCUAAGGCUGUGAAGAGGGCAGCCGUCACUCCACCCUUCACCGCCGCUGCCUGCAGAGGGAAGACACACGUUUGCCUGCACAGAUGUCUCGAUCUGAAUGGAAACAUUCAUGCUUCUCGUACCAUUGAUGUUGGGAUAUGGAAGGGAAGCGAGGCAACAUCUUGCUGUGGGGAAGAUGAGUCGGUGCUUGAGGGUGCUGAAAUAAGAUUGGAGAAAAACCGGUUUUGGAUAGGUCAAGGUGUGAAGGCAAACAGUUCAGAGUCUGGGGUUAUGGAGGCAGGAGGUCAUUCAGCAGGUGGCAGCGAUGAAAGCCCCUCUGAAGCUGAGUUUGUGUCAGGGAGAGAGGAAGAUCUGAUGGGAGCCCAUGAUGAGCAGAUGAGUCCUGACCACUCGGAGGACAUGGAGGACAGCGACUCUCUGGUGUCAGAGCGGCUCUUUUCGCCCGCAUCCACGACAGGCUGCACAGGCCUCAGCUUCAGCCCAGCCUGGGCCAUGGCUCUCUUCGGAGAAGAUUGUUUUAGUCAGGAGGUGAUUGAGUAUGCAUUGAAUCUGGGAAAGCACACAGGAUCGCCAAGCCUGGAAGUGAAAGUGCAGGAAGUGCAGCAGCAGCUGAUAAUUGAGACGAGGAAUCUGAAGAAAACUAGAAAUUUCUAUCAAAAGCUGAAGAAUCAACAUGAGAGAAAAAACAAAGGUCCUGAAAGCAAACUGAUGCUCUCAAAACUCAAGUCACAGCUCGAAGAACUCAGAUCCAAGGUGGCCUUUUUGGAUUGUGUGAAGAAAUAUCUUGAGGUUCUCAGCGUUGAUCAAUGGGGUCUGGAAGUUUCUUUACUGUCCUCUCUGGCUGUCUGUGGAUGCCAGUCCAUGAACCUUCAGUCCACUGAGGACCCCACUGUCCUGAGCUUUGGUAGCUCUAAAGGGAAGAGGACUCUGCAGGCUGGCUCUCCACUGGGACUCAUGGCUUACCUUUAUGCCAGAAAUGCUGCUGCAGAGGGCUACAUCCAACAGUUCCUGUACACAUAUCGUUUCUUUUGCACUCCUGAAGAACUACUGCAGUUCAUCAUGGAUAAGUUCAUCAGCGCUUCAAGGGAGGGACCAGAGAUGUCAGGGGAUAGUGAAAGGAUCUUCCAUCGCAGUCUGGACCUUCUGCAGAUCUGGGUGACAGACUGCAAAUCAGUGGACUUCAUGCCAAAGUCAAGUCUUGUGGGGACUUUAGAAACCUUUCUAAAUACAGAGGUGAUUCCAGUUGACAGUCAAGGUGAGGUCCUUCUCGCCGUCCUCUACAACCAUCCAAACUCUGGCACACUGGGUCAGGUGACAGGAAGUCUGAUCAGCCUGAAUGAAGAAGAGGACUCUGUGUGUUUGCAUUCAUCUACUGAUGAUCUUAGCAAAAAGUGGAGGAUCUCACGAGUUGUGGAGCCCCCUGAUUCCAUGUCUAAAGAGAAGACCUUCUCGAUCGCUGCAGCCCUGCCUGCUCCUUGCUAUGACUCCCUGAUGCACGAUUUGUCCAACGUGUGUCUGCAGAGUGAGGAGCGACUCCCGUUCAGCCAAAAGGAGCUCAGCGCACUGCACGUAGCCCAGCAGCUGACGCUUCUGCAGCAGGAAGUUUUCCAAGGAUGUCAUCCAGUUCAUUUCCUGAAGUCCAGAACACAAGGAGUUGGAGGCAAACUCUGCAGCCCAAACAAGAAUGUGUCACAACUUAUUCCGCCAGCAGAGGGCAGCAGCGGGCUUGUACUGGAGGGGAGCCUGUCAGACAGUUUCCUCCAGCAGCUGCUCACAUACGAUGAGAGUGUCACUAACUGGAUCUCUGCAGAGAUAGUCAUAUGUGACUCCGCAAAGACCCAAGCUGCCUUGCUGACCAGGUAUCUGUGGAUCGGAAAGUAUUGCUAUGAAAUGAGGAACUUUGCCACAGCCAUGCAGGUUCUUGGAGGUCUGGAGAAUUUGAUUGUCAGGCAAUCACCAGCUUGGAAACACCUGGCUUCCAAAGUCUAUGACAUCCUGGAGGAGUUGCGAGCCGUUCAGGUGUUUCUGAAGAGCGAUGACCUGUGUCUGAUUGGAGCAGAGCAGAAGAGGACGAGGCCCACACUGCCGUCCGUUCACAUCCUGGCUAUGCAUGUACAGCAGCUGGAGAUUGGUGCAUUCACACUAACCACUGGGGCUUAUAAGUGGACCAAACUCAGGAACAUCGCAAAGGUUGUGAGUCAGGUCCAUGCCUUCCAGGAGGUUGUGUACCCGUACAGCCCAGACCAGGACCUUCAGGCCUACCUGCGCCGCCGGAUCGCCCGAUUCGCCACGACGGACAUCCACCUGCUGGCCGCUGACAGCGAUGCCAACUUUCAACGGUCCAGCGAGCGUCAGACACGGAGGAUCCACGACACGCUGAGGAGGGUGAAAGCUACUUUCCAGUGAAACUUGCUUUGCCUCAUUUUAGAGAUGAACUUAAAAUCCAGGACAUUGUCCUGCGUCCAGACUUAUUACAUUAGUGCUGUGGAAAAGUAUUUGCUCCCUUACAGACGUCUUCUGCUUUUGCUUCUUUGUCUCAGCCACAUGUUUCAGAUGAUCAAACAAAUUCAAAUGUCAGACAGAAUUAUCUGAGGUAAAUUCCAAAAGCUUUCUAAUUGUCUAAUUAAAUGUCCUAUGUGUUAUUUAAAUAGAAUCAGUGUGACAGCAUGAAGUAGGCAGAAAUAUCUCUAAAACCAGUGCAGCAUGCCCUGAUUCAAAGAAUGUUGACAUAACAAGCAAAAUUGCUGAAAUAAGAGUCAUGAAAGUAUUACUAAGCCUUUUUCUUAAUGACACUGAAAACCAAUUAUUCGCAAAUGGAAGAACAACUAACAAUGGUGAAGCUUUUCAGGACUGAACAAUCUACUAAAUGCACAAGAGCUCAUCACCGACUCAUCCAAAAGUUAUCAGAGAACAACAUUUAAAGUGCUUGACUUUUAAAAAUAAAUGUUUCCACUAAAAUACAGAGAGAGGUUGAACACUUCUGAACAGAAAAAAGAAACAUAGUUGCAUAAUUUUGGAUAAUGUACGGUGCGAAACUUUCAUCUGGUUCCUGCUAGAUGAAGGUAGGUGUGACUGUACAACAUCAUAAUAUAAGCUGUUUAUAUCUAUUGAUUUAGUUACUUAACAGUAUUUAUUGCAAUUGUAAAACAUUGUGUUUUGUGUUGAAUAUUGCUUGUGGAUAAAAAUUUGAUUAAUUUCAACAAAUUGCAGUCACAGUGACAGUGAAUAAUGAAGACAUUUGCAGUAAUCCAGACCUAAAUCUGUUGGGAUGUAAACAGACUGUUCCUGCUCAAAGAUGCUCUAGUGUAACUAAAUUAUAUCAAUUUUGUAACCAAGGGCUGGAUAAAAUUCCUCUGCAGUUUUCAUGUUUCAAAAUUUCUUGAUGGAAGUUGCUUUGCCCAACGGUGCUGCAACCAGUUAUAGGGCUUAGAGGCAUCAUCAUUUCAGUUUGAAUAGAUUUUUGUCCUUAAUAAAUUAAAUGAUAAUUUAAAAAGAUGCAUUUUGAAAGUAGUUUUGCUUAUCUUUGUCUAAUAUUAUUACUUUUCUGAAGCUUUUAGUUAUGGUGGAAAAGCAAAAUCAGAAGAAAUUUCAGUGGAGAGUUGCCACCCACCCUGUGACCCUGCAAACAUAAGUGAGGAUAGAUGAUGGAUGGAUAUAUUUUUUGUUUGCAUUUUGUUCCUUCAACAAAAUUAAACAAUGUUUUUUUGUGUUGAUUUUUUUUUUGUUUUUCUUAGCUGAUGCACACUUGCAUAUUUUUUUGUAUAGUCUAUUUAAUUUAUUUGGUAUGUUUUCUCUGAUCUAUAAUUAUUUGUGGCCUGAACAUGUGAAAUGCAUGUCCAUCGAAAUGAUAAAGGUGCCUAAAAAUCACAACUUGCACAUGCAGUAGUGUAACAGCGUGAUUCUUUGCUUGGGAUUGACUCAGCUAAAGCACAAUUUCAGCAGCUAUGUUUCUGUCAGUUUUUUUUUCAGUAGACUUUCACAUUUUCCACAGUCAAUUAUCUGUAGAACCACUUAACAGUAAAACUGUUUUGUGCAAUGUUUAGUAAUGCAUGACUCUUUGCUACUUUUAUUCCAGUGCAAGUUUUAAAUGUUGUUUCAUGUGGGUCAACAUGCAUUAAUAUUAUAAACUGGAGGAGUUGCAAUGUUUUCAAUCGUACGUUAAUUUUCAGUUUAAUAAAUUCCUUGUAGAUAUACUCAUCCCACUGUUUGGUGGCAGAUUUUCUAACUUCUGGCUUUGAAAGUUUGACUUGCUCGUGCAGAUUUUUGCUGAUUAAAUAUUCUCUUAAUAUUUGUAAUUCACAUCCUUCUAACAUUUUUUUUUUGUGCCUUUGUGCCAUGGGCAGUCAUUAAGGAGCUUUACUAUUGCUUAAAUAAAACACAGGAUUAUUAUGGUUUUGAUUUUAA